AUGUACGAUCUAAGCGACAGAAAUCUGACUCUGCUACCAGAAAGUCUGUUCUGUUCCGAUUCUGACGAUAUUCAACAGCUCAAUCUCAGAAGAAAUUCGCUAUCAGCAAAAAAUCCAGCCAAUCCUUCGGCUGUGCAAGUAGGUUGGCUGGACGAUCUCACUCGGCUGGCAUCUCUCACAACCUUGGAUCUAUCCUCGAAUCGAUUAUCUACCUUCCCUAUAUCAAUCACACAGUUGUUGAAUCUACAGAAAUUGAAUUUGGCAUCGAACUGCAUACAAACGAUUCCGUCGAACGUGAAGCUUAUGAAACGAUUAGUUUUCCUGGACCUGGAGAACAAUUGGCUAAGCCAAUUGCCGAUACAGCUUGGCGAAUGCGAUCAGCUACUUUGGCUCAAUUUGAAAUUCAAUCGCAUUAAACAGGUGCCAGAGGAGGUCCUGUUCAAACUGCCAAAUCUCAUGGAAUGGAGCCUAGCUGGGAACUACAUCGAAUGUAUAAGUACUGAUCAGCACUCCUCCGUCACCAAGCUUGAUUUGAGGCGAACGUCACUAUGUGGAUGCUUUCGGCUCCCAAGUUCGUAUUUUGAUCAAUUGACGUUUCUGGAUAUCCGCGACAAUUGCAAUGUUUCCACGGUGCACCUUACCAAUAUGCCAUCUUUACAGGUUCUGCAUUGUGAGCGGCUGCAGCUGACCUCGUUACAUUUGAAUGGUCAAAGCCUUACUCAUCUGCAUGCUCAUCACAAUUUGCUGGACUGCCUAAUCAUUAUGCCGGUCCCUCUUCAUCUCGUGUUCAUUGAUGUUUCAUACAACAAUUUUGAUUCACUGCCAGAUUGGAUUUGUGAUCUGCCACAGAUUGAUUGUUUACGGGUAAACAACAAUCGCCUCACCUCUCUUCCAGAUAGGCUUUUCUCAGUGAUGUCGAUGCGUUAUUUAUACUGCAAAAACAACAAAAUCAAAACUUUGCCGGACCCUGUGGAAAACCUUAACUUAAUUUCUUGUGUUCUACACGGAAAUCAGUUGACGGAGUUACCACGAGAAUUUUUUCGCAGAUGCUACAGACUGCGGCAUUUGAAUGUCUCUUUCAAUCGACUGACAUCGUUGCCGAAUGUCAACGGAAAUGUUGAUCGUAACCGCAUCAACACUCUUCGGCUUAGUGGCAAUCGCUUGGACGAGUCGAUUGUACCAAUCUUGAUGAAAAUGAAGCGGCUGAAGAUUCUGGAUAUCUCCCACAAUAAGCUGAGAUAUUUUGAUGACAGUGCAUUAAACUCUCUUACCUUGAUGGAGGAGUUGAAUCUGAGCUCGAACGAGUUGACGACUCUUUCCUCGUCGAUAUUCGAUCUGCCAGCACUUCAGACUCUCAAAGCCCACUCUAAUCGUAUCAAAAACAUACCUGAUCUGUCGGUAUCAGCCACUUUGCAGAUGAUCGAUUUGUCGAAUAAUGCACUCGGAUCCUUUGCUUCGAGUAUUGUCACUGGAAAAGCACUGAAACAGCUUGAUCUAACCUGUAACACUGCGCUCAAUGUCAACUCUGGAACCUUGGGCAAAAAUCAGAGAAAACCCGUAGCCCUGUACGAUAUUGGAGGACAUGCAAAAGAACGAGUUCAAAUGGGAUUUUCCGAAACAUCUGGAAGUCGGAACAAGCUGUGCAUUCGUCGUAUACAUAGCGGUAACAUUUAUGGUAUGGUGGAUGGCUCGAUGAAUUAUGAGCUGCCUAAAGUCAUUCAGUCAGUCAUCAAGAAGACCAUUUCCUUGACGGCUCAGAAGCACGACUUGUCGGCAAUAUUGCUUGAAGCACACGAAACUUUGGAGGAAAGUGGUGAAAGGCUGGGUGCUAGCUGUCUACUUAUGCACAUCGACUCAAAGCUGACGAUUUCUUAUGUGGGAAAUAUCGGAGCAGCUAUAAUAGCUAAUGGAAACCUUGAACGUUUAACCGAUCCUAGCGAAUUGGACGAGGAUCAGUACGAUCGCAUACGCUCAGCUGGUGGCACCGUUGACGAGAAUAAUAUGAUCAAUGGGAUCACACCAAAUCAGCGACAACUAGGAUUCUACAGUCUUCAUCCAAUAGUAACACCAAAGCCAACAAACCGGUCACUAGCAGUCACACAUGAGAUUGACUACAUAAUCAUUGCAAGUUCGGCGGUGUGGGAGUUUUUGAGCGAUGCCCAGAUUGCUGGCAUCGCGACUAGCGCAGUGAAUCCUCAAAUAGCGGCCAAGACGAUGCAGGAUGCGCUUCAAGCCUGCGACUAUAAUGGGAACUCUUGUAUAAUUGUUAUGAGGUUGCUGAAACCAGAGUUGGCUUUCAAGAGCAAUUCUCACUUGGGACUUUCGAUACCUCCUGCUGUGCCUCCAAUGAGGGUUGAAAGCAGUUCGGAUGAGGCUACCCUGCGAAAGAUCGAGCAAAGAUUGGAAAAGAUCACAGAAGUGAUUGCGAAAAUGGAGGAUGAUACGAAUGAGGAUGGACGUGCCCUUGCUGGACGUCAGCUUUACGACAGAAUAGCAGCGCAAGAAAAGGUGUCAAACUGGGUCACAUCGCCUACAUCUUCUUCAGCUCCACCUCCUCCAGAUCCAGCGUCAGGAACACAUUCGCAGCUCAUGGAAGAGUUGAAGGCGAAAACUAUUCUUGUAGACGAGUUUGCCUCAGCAGCGUCGAGUCUAACCCCUACAGCAACCGAGAGCUCGACUACUACUGCACCCUUGUACAGUAAUCUUUCUGGCACCAGCGUAGAUUCAGAAGAACAGUUGGCCGGCUGGAGGAGUACAACAAAGAAAACACUUCGCCGCUGCUACAACCCCGAGGGUAUUGAGUUAAGAGCAUCUCCUCCCGAAACCAGCAAGAUGUUCUCGCUGUCUAUAGAGCGCACCGCAGAAGAGGAGAUGGCUGAAGAAUUGAAGUUACCGACUACGAGUGGUGUGAAUGUUAAAAAUCAGCCUUCGCCGCUAGAGAAAAACAAGAGCAAAACAUUUAGAGAAAGUGUUCAGAAGGUUACUGCUAUUCCUGGUCCUGCACGAAGCGGUAGUAGGUACAUCGAAGAAGUGAACGCAGUCCGGAAUAGCGCACAACACGAAACCCUAAACAGAUCAUUUGACUACUAUUCACAUACAAAAGUGGGACCUUAUGAAGAAGUGGACACUUUUCCGCCACCACCAAUACUACCUCCCUUUGCAGACUUCAAUACAAGCGUCAAAUCAACCACGCCUUAUUUCGGAUAUGCGAGCCCACGAAGAAGAAAAAUGAGCGUUAUAGAAGAAAGUACAGAAACGCAGACAAGCUCAAGUGAGGAGCGAAUUCCUUCCACGACUCCACCACCAUUGCCUUCUUCUGAGAUUCCAGUUGGGCCACAGCCGUUCAAAAAACCUACACAAGUUGAAUACAUGAGAGUUACUCAUCCGAAAACCUCAGUGUAACUCUA